GCAAGUAACAGCUAUUGUCACAGACAAUGGUACAAAUAUUAAAAAAGCUGCUGAGAUAACGUUUGGGCCCAAAAUUCACCUGCCCUGCUUUGCGCACACGAUUAAUCUUAUUGCUCGCUCGGCCAUCCAAAGGGAAUCCGUAAAUGGAUGUAUUGCCAAAACUAAAUCAAUCGUUGCUUUUUUUAACCAUAGUGGUGUGGCCAGCGACCAUUUAAGGAAAGCAACAGAUAAAGUACUUAUUCAGGAUGUUCCAACGAGAUGGAACAGUACAUAUUAUAUGAUAGAGCGCUUUUUGGAGGUCAAAACGCAAGUGAACGACAUUUUACUGAGUAUUCCAAAUGACCAAAUGUUGCUUACCGGAAAGGAAUUUGAGCUGUUAAACAAUGUGCUUACAAUGCUACGCCCCCUUGAGGAAGCAACGAAAAUUGUCAGCGGAGACAAAUAUUGUACGGCCAGUACGGUCAUACCCAUUGUCAGCAUCAUCAAAGACAAAUUAGAAAAAUUAAGUGACAACACACAAGAAGCGAAGGAUAUGAAGGAGUUCCUGCUUCUCGAAAUAGAAAGGCGAAUGGGAUCGAUUGAGCAGGUAUCGAUUCUAGCAAUGGCCACGUUGCUUGAUACUAGAUUUAAAAAAUUACAUUUUAAAGAUCCAGUUGCAUGUGCCAAUGCACUGAUGAAAAUUAAAUCUAUGUUUAAAGAAAAUGAAAGCAAAGAGGUCAUACCACCGACAACAGGGAACUCGGAUUCUUUUUGGAACCACCAUCACCAGCUCGCGCAGUGUCACAACCCGAAUGUGGAUAUGGACGUAGAAAUAAGCUCUUAUCUACGAAUACCGCUUACUUCCUUCGAAAGUAAUCCAAUAACUGUUUGGGAAAGCAUGAAAUGUACAUAUCCGAAUUUGUACAAAAUUGCUAUGCAAUUUUUGCCGGUGAUGGGAUCAUCCGUUCCCUCUGAACGGGUUUUCUCAGCGGCUUCAAAUAUUUUGUGCCGUAAAAGAAACAGAAUGACACCUGAGCGACUAAGUCGUAUUUUGUUACUGCAAAGCAUUGACAAAAAAUAUUUUUUUUAAUUGUUUCUUUUUAAUAUGUAGUUUAUAAGUAACAUUGAAAGAUAAAAAAACUGCUAUGAAAGCAUACGUUUUUUUUUUUUUUUUUUUGUUU